AAUUGAAUCGUCUGCCACUACAUGCCAUUCUUUGUUAGCGUUUUUGACGUUUGAUUGUUGUUGUUUAAGUACUAAAAGGAAACUCCCAAGUUUAGACGUUUUAAAAAAGUCUGAAAAAUAAAUAGUGUUAUGGAGAAGUUAACGUUAAUUUCAGGAGCAUUAUUUCUUACAGCUGAUAUUUUUGCUAUUAUCGCCCUUGCUCUUCCAUUUUGGAUUGUAACUGAUGUUGGAGGAGAAACAUCUUUGGGGUUAAUGUGGACUUGUACUACUUUAUAUAAUCGACCAAAAGUGUGCUUCUCUCCGGAUCUGACCCCUGAAUGGAUGAUGGCACUUGUUUGCAUUUUCAUUGGUUGUGUUUGUAUAACAACAACAGUUGUUUUAUUGAUAUCAAGCCACUGGGAUUACAAUGUAGUCCCUUAUGCAAGAUGGGUUGGAUUUGCUGCAAUGGUUUUAUUCUGCUUAGCUGCUGUUAUAUUUCCGCUUGGAUUUUCCAUGUCUGAAAUAGGAGGAGAACCAUACCAACUUCCCAAUAGUUUUCAAGUUGGACUAUCUUACAUAUUUUUUGUUCUUGCAUUGUGGAUUACCGUCAUAUCAGAAUUGUUUGCUGGUAAAGUAUGCUUGCCACAUUUCUAAUUUCUUUUCUAUUCCCAUAAGACUACUAGCUCUUUGGGGUCUGUAAAUUAUUGUACAUAAUUUAACUUUUGACUGCAUUUCUGUAAGUGUCCUCCUAAUUAAUGGAUCUCAUU